GUCAAACUCGCCUCCCAGCACGUAGUACUUACGCCGCCCGAACUACGUAUAGACGGUUCGGGCUGACUACCUCCCUUCCAAAUCAUAUAAAGUCCGGACUUUAGGCCAUGUCCUUUAUCACGCCCCGUGCUUCCGGUCUUUGGGACGUCGACGUUGAUCAGGAGGAGAGUAUGGGCAGCUUUUCAGACGACCCAGAGGCUAUAGGCAGCGAAGAUGACGGCCGCACGCCCCUGGACAAAACUAUUGAUAGGAUCGGCAUGGGCCAGUAUCAGUGGACCCUGCUCUCAUUAUGCGGCUUUGGUUGGAUGGCCGAUAAUAUGUGGCUACAAGCGGUCGCCAUAAUCCUCCCCCGUGUGCAGAGGCACUACGCUGUGCCGGACAGCUAUAUUGGCACCCUCUCUUCAUCCAUGUUUGCUGGAAUGAUGUUUGGUGCGGUAGGAUGGGGUACAUGUUCCGAUCUCAUGGGGCGUUCAACAGCGUUUAACGCUACUCUAUUCUUCACCGCUGUAUUUGGUCUCGUAGCAUCUUUUGCGAAUACAUUCACGCUCCUAUGCAUAUCCCUGUUCCUCCUUGGCAGCUCCGUUGGCGGUUCUAUGCCUACGGACGGGACAUUACUGCUUGAGCACAUGCCCCAAGGCAAAGAAUACCUUGUCACCGCACUCUCCGUGUUCUUCUCCUUUGGGGCUGUCUUAGCCGCCUUCGUCGCUCUGGCCACAGUACCACACAACUCCUGCCCUCCAUUACCAGCCGAAUGCGACGUCCUCACAGAAAAUCAAGGCUGGCGGUAUACCCUCAUGACCUUGGGCCUUAUCACUCUCACUAUGUUCGUCGCCCGCAUGGUUUUCUUUCGCCUGCAUGAAUCUCCACGAUACCUUGUCCACGCUGGGCGUCCACAAGAGGCACUCGUCUCGCUACAAUUGAUAUCUCGCUUUAAUGGCUCUGAACUCACUCUUGAUCUGGACGACGUAGAAGAUCAUCGUGCACCACAGGCUUCGUCUUCUGACAGACAACAGUCUGGCACUUCAGGCGAAAGCGCCCCAUUCCUCUCGAAUGGAGACGACGGAGACAUCGACGAACACAGCCCUCUAAACACGGGCGUGAAGGGUAGCCCCAAGGGAAUGGGAGAGACAUUGUUCGACGCGGAUGGAAAUAAUGCGUAUUUCGCCAGCGGGGUGAAUAAUCAUACACCUUCCGGGAAUUCCACACCUACGCAAAGUUCUCCAAACUCCGCACCCACUUUAUCAUCACAAGGCAUUCCCGCGUACUCCGCUACGACUGUAUCGCCGAUGGUGCUUGGCGGAUACCACUAUCAAACGCCCUCUGAGGAGCAUGCCCCCCGACCGCGGACGGCCUCCCAUGCUUCCAGCGCUCCGGCAAACACCAACACCUUCAAACCCGACUCUCACUCACAAACAUCUUCACACCUCGACGACGAGACAGUCUUUGCAGAGGACUCAGAUCCUAUUCCCGCACGCCACGCUCGCCCGCCCCUCCGUAGCGCAGGUCGUACAUCUCGCACUCGAUUCUCCGCCGCCGACCUGCGUGCCUCUAGGGGCUCGUUCUACGAUGUUGCUGUAAAGAAGGGAGGAGGGUUCUGUUGCGGAUGGUGGUGGUGGAGGGUGCCAAUCAAAGUAAGAGCACCUGUGGAGGCCUGGUUUGACCGAUUCGGAAUGGUGCUGGCACCAGAGUGGCUUCGAACGACACUAUUGGUCUGGGGUGCAUGGUUUGGGAUGUCAUUGGCGUACACGAUGUUCAACGUGUAUCUGCCGAAGUUAUUGGAGGCGAGAUCGGCAGCAGGAGCAGCACCAAAAACUCUGGAGGGGACAUUAUGGGACGUCGUGAUAUUCACCCUUGGAGGUUGUCCAGGUGCCGUGCUCGGCGCCUACCUCGUCGAGUCCCCACUCGGUCGACGUUGGAGUCUCGCAGGCAGCACCUUCGUGACUGCAUUAUUCUGUAUCAUGUUCGUAGUCGUGGAUGGCCAAUUCGCGAUUACGGCGAGUACGGUGGGCAUCAGUUUGAGUGCGACGGCGAUGUGGGCCGUUUUGUAUGGGUGGACGCCAGAGAUCUUUGGCACGAAAGUGCGAGGGACUGCAUGUGGGACCGCAUCUGCUCUCUCCCGAAUAGGCGGCAUGAUCGCACCCAUACUCGGCGGAAUACUUCUCAUGAUCAAAACUUCGUUCCCCGUCUAUACCUCCGUUGUGGUCCUUGCUCUCUCCGGCGUCUGUGUCUUAUUUCUGAGCGAGAACGCCGGAAAUACGAAGGAGAAGGGUAAAGGGAGAGAAGGUCCAUCGUUGAUGCAUUGAUAUUGAUCAAUGGUCUCGACCUUUUCGGUGUAUUGGGUGAUCCCGGCCUGGGUGGCAGAGCCUCUUUCUUCUCUGGAAGAGGCACUAGAAUCCUUGCUCAGGCAUAGAGGCCCAUGUUAUCGAGCUGUUAUUGCUGUGGCUGCUCGGUGAAACUCGCACAACGAAUCGUUGCGUCGCGGAGCCUGUGCGGCAUGUUCCUUGCAAAACUGUAUAUUUAGAUAUGUAUCAACAAUUUCUUGAUGACCUGGGGAUGUCCGAAUGGAUGCUCGGGUGAC